AUGACCAAUCGCAAAGUGCAACGCCACCAGCUGUGUGAGGGCCUUGCUAAACAGGCUUUGAAGGAAAUGCAGCGCCCUAACCACAAGCGCAAGUAUAUGCGUUAUCAGCCGAUUGUUCAAGGGCAGAGUCUGGAUGAUCGUAAGGAUGAACUGCGCUAUGACUUCACAUUCCCCAAUACAGAAGACUCCACAUCACUCCCAGUAUUUCCAUACAAAGACGUCCACCACUGCCAAACCCACACAGUAGCUCCUGCGCAAACUCUGGCUACACCACCUGCAUCUCUUGUGUCAUCAUCAUCGUCUUCGUCGUCUUUGUCACAGUCGAAUUCCGUCUCAGAAGCUAUCCGGCCUGCACACCCAGAAUGGCUCUAUUCUUCACUCGCGAGUGCCGACCCUUCACUUGCGAGUGCCGACGAGUAUCGCGAAGAUUCCUCGAAUCAACGUCAUACUGAACUUACACUUGUCCCCUUCAUCCAAGAGCCUAAGAAGCACGGUUUCUACUGUAACAUCAAGACGACCGUUAAAUCCUUCUUCCAGUCCAAGGACCCUUCAAAUAAGCUGAUUGAAACUUGCAAGCACAAGUUCCGGAAUGAGCGCUGUAAGAAGUGCGAUGUUCCAGAGACCAUCGCUUACUUGUGUAAUUGGCGCACUGGAGCGGUGUGCAAAGAGCAUGGAAAGAGUGGAUGUGAGGAUUGUGUUGAUAUGAUCUAUUACGGAUCGAACGGGGACAGGGAGGAUAGACCGACUACUCCUAUUCGUCAGACCGCAAACACAGGCAGUCAAGCCUCGACUGAAAUCGUCAACCCUUUUCUCACACCUCGUACCUCUGCUUCAGUAUCUUUGAUUGCUCCUACCCUCCCGACCUUGAACUUCCCUUCUAUAUCCAGCUUCUUACACAACCACAGUGCGAGCAAAACCACAACCACACUAGGAGCGACUAGCUCCACAUCCCUCUGGUCACCCACAGCGAACCCAACAGGCGCAUCUACCCCCGUCCCUUCCUCGAAUUCCAGCUCAUCUUCGUCUUCAUUCACCACCUGGCGCCGCCACGUCAACACACCCACACCAUGUAACAACACCCCUUCACCCCAAGACAACACACACAGCACAUUCCCCCAAGAAGUCACUUACCACACCGCAAUCCCCGUCCUUGUAAACCCCGCCUCCCCAACCACAGUCCACAUCCGGUCCCCUUCCAUCCUCUUAACACCACUAACCCCCCCUUCCCUUCCCCACCACUGCUACGCCGCCCUAACUGGCCACCGUCCCUCCCAAACCCUCGUCAUGGCACUGUAUCAGGAGCUCUCUUUCUGGAGUCUCUCCGACCAGCACCUAAUUUGUAAAACACGUCACGUCCUUGGUUUACAGAUGCAAGAAGAAAUGGGAAAGGUGUCGGGUGCGCUUGUGGCAAAAGUUAAAACGCAGUUGUUUCCUGAACUGGGAGGAGAGAGUAUGGAGGAGGGGGGGUUUGUGGAGUACAUGAGAGCCUGUGUGAGUAGGGGUGAGAUUUCGGAGAGCAGGGGUGCAAGAAUUGUUAAGAUGGCUGGGAUUGAGGCGUUUUGA